UCACUCGCCACCCACCCACAGCUCCGCCACGGCGCCACCACGUCUCUCUCUCAUUUAACUAUUCACUAACGUCAACUAACCGCAAUUGGUUUAGCUGUUUCUUACAUUAUUUUAUUGCUACCAUCCCCAAUCAUCAAUUACCAAACCAAGUAGUAGCGACUAGCCAUUCGCAAUUUCUCUCUCUCCUUAAAUUACGAGGCUCUCUAUCUUACUCAUCUUCCUUAUCCUGCGCACCCUCCUCGUGCCUUCUCUGACACCGCCUUCACUCAAAUACUCACACACAUGACACAUGCUCCCAACUCACACUAUCAAUGAACUGAACUCCUACAUUCUUCUCCACUCGCUCACUCACUGAGUCAGUAUUCCGAGUCACACGCACCAACAUUCUUUCUCAACUCUCCAAUGACGAGAAAGGUCUCCAACUUCUCCGAUCUGAUCCAGCGAGUCACUGCGAACUGCCUCCUCCACCCCCUCGCCGCCGGGAGGUACGACGCCGCCGGCGGGGACAAGGAAGACAACUCGUCACCGAGCGAGACCGAGGAAAACAGGUACGAAGAAGAAGGAGAAGAGGAAAGCAGCGACGAAGACGAGGAAGUGUUCGAGGAUGAGGAGAAUGACGAGGAGUUCUUUGAAGAAGAGAAAAUGGUAGGAGCGAGGGUUCUGAAGGUGAAGCAAAUGGAAUCGAUAAUGGAAGAGGUUUUCGAAACGGUGUCGUCAAUGAAGAGAGCUUACGUUAGCCUCCAGGAGGCACAUUCCCCGUGGGACCCGGAGAGGAUGAGGGUUGCUGACGUGGCAGUGGUGGCGGAGCUCAGGAAGCUCACAGUGUUGAGGGAGCGGUUCCGCCGGAGCUCCGACGGCGGCGGAAAACAGAGGAGGAAGAGGAGAGGAAACAGAGGCGGUGGUGGCGUGUCGGUGAGGGAGGUGGUGGCGCCGUACGAGGCGGUGGUGGAGGAGCUGAAGAAGGAGGUGAAGGCGAAGGAGGUGGAAGUUAAGAACCUCAGAGAGAAGCUUGAGAGUGCUGUUGCUAUCUCUAGUAAUGGCAGUGGUGAAAAGAAGCCUGGGAGAUCUCAAUCUAAGAGAAAAUUAGGAAUUCAAGCAAUUGCAGCAGCUCCUACACCGGAACUCUUUGAAGCAACAAUGGCUCAAGUAAGAGAUGCAUCGAAGUCCUUCACGUCCAUGCUGCUUUCUCUCAUGCACAAUGCACAUUGGGACAUCACAGCUGCAGUUCGCUCCAUUGAAGCAGCCACUGCCUCCACUAACAACUACCAUACCUCAACCACCUCCAUCGUCUCGGCUCACCAUGCCAAGUAUGCCCUUGAAUCCUACAUCUCCAGGAAAAUCUUCCAAGGAUUCGACCAUGAGACCUUCUACAUGGACGGCAGCCUCUCUUCCCUGCUCAACCCUGACCAGUUUCGCCGUGAUUGCUUCACUCAAUAUCGGGACAUGAAGUCAAUGGAUCCUGCUGAGCUCCUUGGCAUCUUACCGACAUGUCACUUCGGAAAGUUCUGCUGCAAGAAGUAUCUCGCCAUUGUCCAUCCCAAGAUGGAGGAGUCCUUGUUUGGUAACUUGGAGCAGCACAAUCAAGUCCAAGCAGGAAACCAUCCUAGGAGUGAGUUCUAUAAUGUGUUUUUAGGAGUUGCAAAGGCUGUGUGGUUGCUUCACUUGCUAGCAUUCUCACUCAACCCUGCACCUAGUCAAUUCGAGGCAAGUCGUGGAGCAGAGUUCCAUCAGAAGUACAUGGACAGUGUAGUGAGGUUUUCAGGUGGGAAGGUGCCUGCUGGCCAAAUCGUAGGGUUCCCCGUUAACCCUGGAUUCAAGCUUGGUAAUGGGUCUGUUAUAAAGGCUAGAGUUUAUUUGAUAUCCAGAACGUAAUUCUUUUUGGAAAUGUAUUUGAAGUGGGGUUGAUGAGAGUGAUUCAAAUAUUUUGCCUAGCAAGGUUACCAAGCUAUUGAUAUAACAUGAAACUCCAUUUUAGGUUAUUGAUUUCAAGGUAACUUCGGCUUCCGUAUGCACCUUCAUAAUA